UCGGCUUCGUCACUUAGAUGCGCUUUAUUGAUGUAGUUCCUCUUUUUUUACAACACAUGUAGCACACGAGCACCCACACUCACCGCACCAAAAUGGGUUAUAAUUUAUUUUUAUUUAUAUUAGUUGUGAUUAGUUCCUGUUGUUGUGUUAAGUGCGAUAAUAUUAUAAAUGAUUUUCUAAGUGUACCCACCACGGUGAAAGCACAAGAAAAUAACACUGUCUUGUUGCCGUGUUAUUUAAAUACGGCAUCAAAUGACGGCAAUUUCAUUACUGCAAUAAGAUGGUACAAAGAUGAAAAUUUAAUAGUGGAUAGUGCAGACGAACAAUUACCACUUCCGGAGGGUCACAUUUUAUGGGAAAAUGGAUCUUUGGAAAUCUUUAGAGUCACUCCAAACGACACUGGAAUUUAUAUUUGCGAAAUUGCUAGACCAGAACCUUGGUCACCUGUGAGACAAAGACACGCAAUCGAAGUUUUACAUCCACCAUCGGUGGAACCUUUCCCUCCGACUGGUUUCCUACAAGUGAAACUCGGAGAGGAAGUGAGAAUGUCAUGUAAAGGAAGUGGGGUACCGUACCCCAUCAUCACUUGGUACACAAAAGGAGAAGAAAUAAAGCUUCUAAACCCUCGAGAGUUACUAAAAUUCACAGCUUCUGAUCGACAAAUGGCCGGAAUUUAUGAAUGUCGUGCCGCUAAUGGAGUCGGCGAGCCAGCCUCUGCCCAAAUCGAGCUCAAUAUAAUAUAUCCUCCAGAACUGAUGACUUCCCGUUCUUGGAUCCAUACUGCUCCUGGUCAUCGAGUCCAACUCGAAUGUAAAAUUUCAGCUGAUCCUCAAGCUACAGUAACUUGGACUAAAGGGGACAUGCCGGUGCCUUUAGACAGCAGAGUAUUGUCUUUAGUAGACGGUGACAAAUACAGUUUGCUUAUCAAAAAUAUCCAAAGGAGCGAUUUUGGGAUUUACACUUGCAAAGCUAUCAAUGAACUGGGCCAGGGUGAACUUCAAAUCCAACUUUCAGGUGUGCCGAAUCCUGGUGUGUUUAAAAAGACAGAUGACAAAAAUACAAACUCGAAAGACUCAUAUACUCUAAUCUGGGAAGUUGAUAGUUAUACACCUAUUAUAGAAUACAAUCUGUGGUUCCAACCUUAUAAACCCAAAACCGGGUUAAGUAAACCCAACUGGACCAAAUUAACUAUACCAACGGAACAUAGUUCAGGACCAGUUUAUUCAAAAUCAUACACAAUUAAAGGUUUGAAAGAAAAAACCGUGUAUGAGGCUUUACUGGUUUCAAGAAAUAGAUAUGGUUGGUCAAAACCAUCACCAAUUUUGAGAUUUGCUACAGCUGGGGCGGAUUUAAAAGAAGAAAUUAUUACUCCAGUUCAACAUCACACAGAGGACAAUAUAAUUCCUCUGGAUUUGAGCAGUUCCUCGCAAAAUUGUGAAUUGUCCAAUUUUGGUUUCCUGGUGAUUGUGACAGUGUUUUAUCAUUUUCAUUGUUGAAAAUAAACUUAUA